AUGACCAACGACAUCCGAACUCACUACAAUAUCCGCAGUCCCCAGGCCGACAUUGUCGCCGCUAUCCUCAAAGGUCACCCUCCCCAGUUCUUUAACAGUGACGCAAGGCCAGGCUUUGAUUGCCUGAUCGUCGUUCUUCGGCGUAUCUUUAGCCACAUUAUGCUCGGUCCCGUCCCUGCUGUAGACUGGCUGGAAGCCUCAGAGAAAGAAAACCCCAUCCUGCGUUUUGCCUGGGGCGUGUUCGGUGACGAGAAGGCAGAGAUGGAGAGGGCCAUCCGCGCAAGGUAUCAAGUCUUUGACGAGCUUUACAGCAAGGACCUCGACCACUCAAGUUCUUUUGAGGAACUCUGCAACUCGUCACUUAUGAAUAAGACCUUCUGGUCGCAGUCUGAAUUCAGACUUACCGGCAUCCCUGUGGACAUCAACACGAGGAUGGUGAUUGAGGUUCCCAGCGAUGAGCUCGCCGAUACAAGUCUGCUGAGGCUCAACCACGUGGAACAUCCUGGUCAACCUCUACAUGAGGUUGUGUCUAAGUCCUUUGGUGUUGUCACCAAAAAGGAAACGAAGGUCUUGGCAUCGCCACACAAUCCUCGGAUCGUUCGGGUUGAGUGUACUCCAAGCCCCGACGAUACCAUCCGGUUUGGCUUCAAAGACCUUCUAAACCUUUCCAUUCCUAUCUUGAAAUUCAAACCUGAUGACCCUACGAAAGUUAUACAAAAGGGCUGGAUUGGAUACUCUCUUCUGGCUGUCGUUCGCCUCAAGGAUGAUAAACACGCAUCAGAGUUUGUUCGUACCUACUCAGAGCGAGGUGAGAAUCUCAUCGGUGAGCGGGAACCACCAUCAAUUGUGGAUAACUCCUGGUCUAUCAAUGAUCAGCAAGGAAAGUACAUGUUGUUCUAUGGUGUUCUACCUCAAAACCAAGGUGUACAGGCGCGCUUUCCAGAAGUCUGUCUGCCGAGAAUGACUGAGAACGACGCGAGAACUAUGAAGCGCAUGGAACGCUUUCUGGAUAGCGUGAUGCAGGAGGAUAGCCAUCAACAGCUACAGCCGACGCCUCCAGCUUCAUCUAUACCCAAGUUGCCCGUGACCGAAGAAAUGCAAGAUGACCAUUCCCCGGGACAGGAUGAAGGGACCAAGAGGCGUAAGCGCCAAAGAAACAACAGGAAGCGCCGAAGAGACGCACAGGAGGAUGAGGCCGAGGACCGCCAACCUCCUGAGCAACCGCAAGGCCCUAGUUUCGGCAUCAUCCCCUAG